AAAAUGGGCCCAGGAGGUGCAGAGGCUGAUGAGAACCAGACAGUGGAAGAAAUGAAGGUGGAGCAGUAUGGGCCACAGCAAACCACUCCUAGAGAUGAGCUGGCCCCUGACCCUGAGCCAGAGCUUAUAGAUAGCACCAAGCUGAUUGAGGUGCAGGUGGUCCUCAUAUUGGCCUAUAGCUCCAUCAUCUUGCUUGGAGUAAUUGGCAACUCCUUGGUGAUCCAUGUGGUGAUCAAAUUCAAGAGCAUGCGCACAGUAACUAACUUUUUCAUUGCCAAUCUGGCUGUGGCAGAUCUUUUGGUGAACACCCUGUGCCUACCAUUCACUCUUACCUACACCUUAAUGGGGGAGUGGAAAAUGGGUCCUGUCCUGUGCCACCUGGUACCCUAUGCCCAGGGCCUGGCAGUACAGGUGUCCACAAUCACCUUGACCGUAAUUGCCCUGGACCGGCAUCGAUGUAUUGUCUACCACCUGGAGAGCAAGAUCUCCAAGCGAAUCAGCUUCCUGAUUAUUGGCUUGGCCUGGGGCAUCAGUGCCCUGCUGGCAAGUCCCCUGGCCAUCUUCCGGGAGUAUUCACUGAUUGAGAUUAUUCCAGACUUUGAGAUUGUAGCCUGUACUGAGAAGUGGCCUGGUGAGGAGAAGAGCAUCUAUGGCACUGUCUACAGUCUUUCCUCCUUGUUAAUCCUGUAUGUUUUGCCUUUGGGCAUCAUAUCUUUUUCCUACACUCGUAUCUGGAGUAAACUGAAGAACCAUGUCAGCCCUGGAGCUGCUAAUGACCACUACCAUCAGCGAAGACAAAAAACCACCCAAAUGCUGGUGUGUGUGGUGGUGGUGUUUGCCGUCAGCUGGCUGCCUCUCCAUGCCUUCCAACUUGCUGUCGACAUUGAUAGCCAGGUCCUGGACCUGAAGGAGUACAAACUCAUCUUCACGGUGUUCCACAUCAUCGCCAUGUGCUCCACCUUUGCCAACCCCCUUCUCUAUGGCUGGAUGAACAACAACUACAGAAAGGCUUUCCUCUCAGCCUUCCGCUGUGAGCAGAGGUUGGAUGCCAUUCACUCUGAGGUGUCCGUGACAUUCAAGGCUAAAAAGAACCUGGAAGUCAAAAAGAACAAUGGCCCCGCUGACUCUUUCACAGAAGCCACAAACGUUUAA